GCAUUUAGUUAGUCUGCAUGGAAAGCACACACCCACUUGUCUGUUCGCGUCUUCUCCAACUCAGGGAUAACGGAGGAUAUUUUUGAAAGGACCAAAAGACCACGAUUUGCGCUUUUACUUGCACUCAGUGCGUGCGUCUUGUAUCGGGAAUACUUUUACGCACAACUGUUAAACCCUAAAAAGGACGAUGCCUCGAUCAUUCCUGGUGAAAAAAUAUUUCGCUAAACAAAAGCCAAACUACAGUGAACUUGAAUGUCAGAAUGACACUUCACUGGACAGAUAUCCUGUUGCUGAGCUCUCAUCAGGAGACACUUCAGUUGCCACCUGCUUCAGUGGAGGUUUGGUGUGGGAUUUGAGCAUGCUGCCCACCUUGUACCUACCCACACAAACUGAGGCCUCUGCCACAUCUGGGCCCCUGGACCUCAGCUCGCCCUCCAGCCUCAGUAGUGGUGCCAGCAGCAGUGGAGAGGAAGAUGAGGGCCGCUCAUCAGACCCCCCCAGCCCGGAGCCCGUUCAUACAUAUGCCCCCCGACAGCGGAUGAAGUGCACUGGUGUCAUGGCACACACCAGUCCCCCCGAAGAAGAGGAGGAGAGGGGGGCACCAGUCACAGCCAACAGACCAGCCUUCCUCUGUAAACACUGCCCCAAGGAGUACACAAGUCUGGGCGCUCUGAAAAUGCAUAUCCGCUCUCACACACUUCCCUGUGUAUGCACCACCUGUGGGAAGGCCUUCUCCAGACCAUGGCUCCUCAGGGGACAUAUUCGGACACAUACAGGUGAGCGGCCCUUCUCCUGCCCCCACUGUAACCGUGCCUUUGCUGACCGCUCCAACCUGCGUGCCCAUCUCCAGACUCACGCUGAAGUCAAGAAGUACCAGUGUGGAGUCUGUCGUACUUUCAGCCGCAUGUCUUUGCUGCAAAAGCACAGCUCCUCCGGGUGCUGUUCCGCCAUGGCAUGAGAUAUUGGACACACACUUCGAGCCUGGGCAUGUGUGGACUCCAUGUAUACAGCUCUGUUGAAGUAAAGCAAGGAUUGGCCUGCUAUUUGGGGCCUGGAAGAAACCAAGCCUCCUUAUUAUGGAUUUACAUUUCACAAGC